AUGGCAGCCGACCCUCUGACUUCAGCCACCGUUGAUGACCUCUUUAACUUCGACUCGACCGACGACGAAGAUCCGUUCAAGGACAAGCCGUCGAGCAAGGGCCGCGAUGACAAGACUACCCUGAGUCCUCGUCCCGUGAAGCGGAAGGCUGGAGACGACAGCGGCUUUGGUGAUGACCUCGGCUUGGACGAGGAAGUUAAGAUAACCAAGAAGAGAAAGCCUAUUGCUAAACUCGAUGAAGCGAGGCUCCUCUCCGCCCAGGGAAUACCCAAACUGCGCGCCCUCGCGCUGUCGGGGAAGUUCUCCAAGAAACUGCAUCUCAAGGGCAAAGGGCACGAGUUCUCAGACGUGGCUCGCCUCCUGAACUACUACCAACUUUGGCUGGACAAUUUGUACCCGCGGGCCAAGUUCGCAGAUGGGUUGCAGUUGAUUGAGAAAGUCGGCCAUAGUAAGCGUAUGCAAAUGAUGAGGAAGGAGUGGAUCGAUGAAGGGAAGCCGGGCUACAUCAAGGAUAGGCGACGACAGAAGCUGGACGAGGAGAGAGAGAUCAACGAUCUGUAUGGCGAUGACAAGGCCAUGAACAAGCACAACUCCGGCACUGCUGAUGGCGACGACUCUCUAUUUAUUCCUGACCCGGACGCCAGCCACAAGCUGGCCGAGAAUCAGAAUGACAUGCCUGAGGACGACGACCUUGAUGCACUUCUGGCCGAGCAAGAGACAUCCACUACACAGCGCCCUUCAUUUAGACCACAGACAGCAAAGGACAUUGACUCUGAAGGCGACGAUGAUCUCGACGCUUUACUUGCCGAGCAAGAGACCCGACGAGCCCCGACGUCGGCAGUCCCGGUGGCCUCGAACCCUAUCUCUAAGCCUAAAACCUCACCUUUUGAUGAUGACGACGACGACGAGGAAGACAUGGACGAUCUCGAUGCUCUCCUUGCCGAGCAAGAAGCGCGUGUGAUGUCCAAUACUGCCCACUCCCGACCCGGGACUCAGCCAACAACGGCAGCGCCCAACAAGGCUGGCAGUACUCCUGACGAAGACGAAGCGGAAGCGUUACUCAACGAUGAUGACGAUGACGACCUCGAUGCUCUCCUGGCUGAGCAAGAGGCCCGCCAAGCAGAAAGCCCUAGACCACCACGCUCAAACCUCUCUGGAGCGAGAAUUCCUCUUGUGGCUGCAGAUGGCGAGCCAGAUGUUGAGGCCAAUGGAGACGAUAUGUUUUCUUCAUCACCCGUGCGGAACACGGCAACUCCUGCUCUAGUAGUCGGACGAGAAUAUCAACAGUCUGGGAUUCAGGCUUCCGCCACGGCAAGUGACGAUGAUGCCGCACGAGAGACCAUAAACGGAGAAGUUGAGGACGAGGGGCAUGACACGGCACAGCCACAGCAAGCAAUCGCAAAUGCAAUGGUCGAUGCUGGGGAGCAGGACGGCCAGGAGGAACGAGGCGAGCGAGGACCGCAACCGCCGGAGCACGAGGAGCAAGACAAAGAGGAAGCCCAAGCCCAAGCCGAAGAAGAGGAAGAGGAGGAGGAAGAAGAAGCUCUAGAAGCAGGCGACAUGUUCUCAUCUUCCCCUGUCCAGAAUGAUUGA